AUGACGACAGAGGUGAUGAUGGGGUCGUCGUUGGCGGUGGUGGUUUGCGCCGGCCGUGUUGAGGUGGCAAUUGCGGAGAAGAAUGAGAUUCGACAGGCAGAGUGUAAUUGCUCGGAGUAUAUUAGGAAUUUUUGGGUUUUAAUCGCCGUGGGGAAGUACACCGUUGAGGUAAUGGUGUCCGGAAUGAGUCUCGCUUGGAUCUGGCCUCAACAAUCGAGGGAUCCCGACCAUCGACCGGCUUAUCUCAGACAGGAGGUGGUGUGUCUCAAACAGCUGGGCCUCCUUCUCCAGGGCCUCCUCAUCCCCAAACCUGUUGCGCACGCAGAUGUAGCCAAGGCCGAUGCUGACUUUGUUCGAUGUCACCUUCUUGAAGAAGCUGUCGCCACGGGGGAGGCUUAUGCCAGCGAGGGACUUAAGGACACUUGA